AAUUAUUGUUAUUGCCCUUGAAACACCACUAGGUGGCAGCAUUUGUUUUACUACACAUUUCACCGCUAGGUGGCAGCUUUAAUCAAAACAGUGCAUCCUAAAUGAAAUUGAGAAAGAUGUUUGAUCUUUAAAUAAGACACGGGAAGUGCAUCAGGAAGUUAUUCCGUCAUUUGUAUUCUUUGAAAGUGCAACACGGAACAGACAAGAGUGUUAGCUCUGCUGAACUGAAUUUUGAGUAAUUAUAUCACAGCCAAGAUGUCACAGCCUAGGAAAAGGAGACGGGUUACAGAAGGCUUCAAGGAGGAAGUCAAGGAUAUGCUGAAAGAGAUGGUGGCAGAAGCUAUUCCUACAAUAGCGAGCAAGGUUGUGGCACAGCUACAAGAAUUGAAUAACCCAUCCAACAGCUUGUCGCAAUCUGCAUCUUCAUCUGAACAGAGAUGUGCAGCUGCAUCAGUACAACAACCCCUCCCUGGAAAUGACACAGCAAACAAAAGUCAGCAAACAUCAACAGGUAGUGUCGACCAGACAUCACAUUCUAUGCCUGAGAAAUUCCCAUCACAAUCACCAUGCUUAAUGAAGUACAUGGCAACAAUCCAGAAACUUAGCAACGAUGUCGGUGAAAAAGCGGCUUUUUUCUACGAUGAACAGUUUCGGUCUUGGAGAGCGGAAAAUCCUGCUCAGAUGCCCUGGGACAAAAUCAAUGCUGAACUUCACUUGGAGGCAUUACAAGUUGGACUUAAAAGUCGGUUAGACAUGAAUGAAAAGACUAACAAACAGAAAUCACAGAGCCAGCAGCCCUUUCGUGGGAAAAGUAAGAAGCCAUGCUUCAGCUACAACAACAAUAAUGGGAACUGUGUUCGACCAAACUGUGAGUAUGCGCACAUCUGCAGCAGAUGUUUUGGAGAGCACCCAAAGAAAGAGUGCAGCAUGUUCUCAGAGCCCAACAAGAAAAUCAUUGCAAACUCUAGUAAACAUCAAAACCCAGCAAGCCAGCCUAGAAAGUGAAAUAAGAUUAAAUGAUAAUGU